AUGACAAAUGACACCUUCUCUUUCCAAGCAUACAAUCACAGCUGGCCUCAAGAGUUCCAUGACCCGCUUCGGAAAUUCCAUGUGGAGGAAGAACAUAUCAAAGGUAAACAGAUCCAUUUCAAUGGAAUAGCCGAGUGGGAAGAUUUCAAUUCCUCUGAUUUGGAUUUCUAUCAAGAGAGAUUAUUCGAGAAAGGAAUCCUCUCACCUAACGAUCAACACCCACUUUCGGAACAACUUGCUACGGAUGAUAUGCAAUUCGAUGUAGUUUCUGUAACAAUUCCCUCAUUCCAAGAACUGAUGAAGCUCCAAACAGGCCUAUACUGUAAUUCAAAUACUGAAUUUACAGAGAUUAUCGAAACCAAGAAGGAAAAACCAAAUCCCAUAUCGUUGACCUCUUUGGAUAUACUUAACAGCUUUCAAACUGGAAGCAGGAUAUCAAAUGGAGAAAAUCUGUUUGAACUGAAGAAAGAAGCAUCAUGUCCUGCUACCAGUAGCAGAGGAUCAUCGGCGGUCGAAAUCAUGAGGGUGGCGGGAGCCCGUUACAUCCAAUUUGCUGUCACGAAGGAUGAUGAUCUCUCCAUGCUUAGAUAUCCAUUUGGUUCCAUGCUUUCAGGUCUUGUCAACGACGAAACAAAAGGCAUCGAGCUCGCCCACCUUCUUCUAGCCUCAGCUGAGAAGAUUGGCAAGCAACAGUACGAUCGAGCAAGCAGAUUGCUAAUGCAGUGUGAAUAUCUCUCAUCCCACAUUGGUGAUCCAGUUCAAAGAGUCAUCUGCUAUUUUGCAGAGGCCUUGCAGGAGAGGAUCGACAGAGAAACAGGAUGGAUGCUGUCGAAAGGUAGACAAACCGAAGAUUUCAAAGAAGCUUCUAUGGCCCCCCACCCAGCCCUUUUGGCAUGCCAUCAACAGGUACCAUUACCCCAAGUCGUGCAAUUCACAUCGAUUCAAGCCAUCAUUGACAAUGUAGCUUCGGCGAAGAGGGUCCAUCUGAUCGACCUCAGCAUAAAGAUUGGGCUGCAGUGUACAAUUCUGAUGCAGGCUCUCUCAGAGCGAUCUUCGUGUCCGGUUGAGCUUUUGAAGAUAACUGCAGUCGGAACGUCAAAAGAUAGGAUCGCCGAAACAGGUAAGAGACUGACAAGCUUCGCUGAGACACUGAAUUUACCUUUUGAGUUCAAGACAGUAGUAAUAUCUGACAUGAAAGAUCUCAAGGUUGAUCUGUUUGAGGUAGCGGCCGAUGAAGUGGUUGCGGUCUAUGCACCGUCGGUUCUAUGGACGAUGAUAAACUGGCCUGAUUGUUUAGAAACCCUCAUGAGAGUGGUGAGGGGCCUCAACCCAUGUAUAAUGUCGGUAAUUGAAAUUGAAGUGAAUUGCAACUCGACUUCGUUCUUUACUCGAUUCAUCGAAGCUCUGUUCUACUUCAGUGCAUGGUUUGAUUGCCUCGACGCAUUCAUGGAUAGAAAUGAUUGUAACAGGAUGUGGAUUGAGGGGAGCUUCCUAUAUCAUGGGAUUCGAAGUAUUGUUUCAACUGAGGGUAGUGAGAGGAUCGUAAGGCAUGUUGGGAUCGAUGUGUGGAGGUCAUUCUUUGGGCGGUUUGGAUUUCAGGAAGCUGAAUUGAGUGAGAUGUCAUUGUAUCAGGCAGGCCUGCUUGUUAAGCAGUUUGGGUGUGGGAGUAGCUGCAACCUUGAUAUGAAUGGGAAAGUACUGAUUGUUGGGUGGAAAGGAACACCAUUGCAGUGUGUUAGUGCUUGGAAAUUGGGAUGA